AACAGAGGAUAUGGAUAGAUAAAUUAGAUUAUCCAACAGAAACCACAGCCAAUCAGAGUACAGAAUCAUAUUUCACAUUUUCAAUUUGAACCAAUCAAAAGCCUUAAGGAAUCCUACCCUCCACCUUAUAGUACCCACUUUCAUCUCUUCCAUCUUUUCAACUUAGCAUUUCUUAGUCUUGAAACAGAGUAAAAGCUUUAACCUUUUGGCUAAAAAAAAAAAGAUGGCGUCUUUGGGUGUGUCGGAAAUGCUUGCUACGCCCCUUAACUUCAGGGCCGUGUCGAGAUCAUCUGCCCCAUUGGCAUCGAACCCAGCCACGUUCAAGACAGUUGCUUUGUUCUCCAAGAAGAAGCCAGCUCCUCCUCCUAAGGCCAAGACCGUCUCUGCUGCCAACGACGAGCUCGCCAAGUGGUAUGGUCCUGACAGGAGAAUCUUCUUGCCUGAUGGUCUUUUGGACAGAUCAGAGAUCCCAGAGUACUUAAAUGGUGAAGUUGCGGGAGACUAUGGAUAUGACCCUUUUGGACUCGGAAAGAAGCCUGAGAACUUUGCUAAAUACCAAGCCUUUGAACUGAUCCACGCCAGAUGGGCUAUGUUGGGAGCUGCUGGUUUCAUCAUCCCUGAAGCCUUUAACAAAUACGGCGCUAACUGUGGCCCUGAAGCCGUCUGGUUCAAGACUGGUGCACUGCUUCUUGAUGGAAACACAUUAAACUACUUUGGCAAGAACAUCCCAAUCAACCUUGUUCUGGCUGUAGUUGCUGAGGUUGUUCUCCUCGGUGGAGCUGAGUACUACAGAAUCACCAACGGAUUGGAUUUUGAGGACAAGCUACACCCAGGAGGUCCAUUUGAUCCCUUGGGACUUGCUAAGGACCCCGAACAAGGUGCUCUUCUCAAGGUUAAAGAGAUCAAGAACGGGAGAUUAGCCAUGUUUGCGAUGCUCGGUUUCUUCAUCCAAGCUUAUGUUACAGGAGAAGGUCCUGUUGAGAACCUUUCAAAGCAUCUCAGUGAUCCUUUUGGCAACAAUUUGCUUACAGUCAUCGCUGGAACUGCUGAGAGGGCUCCAACCCUCUAAGCUAUUUCUAGUUUUAAUGAUCUUUUCAAAAAUGCUUUGUACACUUUGUUUGAUGAGAAUUUCUAUUGACAGUGUGAAAAAAAGAAAUACAAUUAUGUUCUUGUUCA